GGCGCUGGUGGGCGGGAGGAGGUGCCGGCGGCGACUGGGGGCUGUCCGAAGGCUACGGUGAGCCGUGCUACCAAGAGUGCUGUCGUCGCUUAGGCUUCGUCUAAGUGGACUUGUCCCAAAGGCGACGCUUGGGCGCGACACGGAACAGGACGGGACACGCGGCGGCCUCGGCCUCCCUCCUGUUUUCCUCUUCCUUCAUGUCGGCCUUGGAGAAGACCAUGCACCUGGGCCGCCUGCCCUCCCGCCCCCCCCUGCCGGGCGGCGGGGGCGGUCAGAGCGGAGCCAAGCUGCGCAUGGGCCCUGGAAGAAAGCGAGACUUUUCCCCUGUUUCCUGGAACCAGUACUUUGAAUCCAUGGAAGAUGUGGUGGUGGAGAAUGAAACUGGCAAAGAUACUUUUCGAAUUUAUAAGAGUGGUUCAGAGGGCCCAGUCUUGCUUCUGCUGCAUGGAGGAGGUCACUCUGCCCUCUCCUGGGCUGUGUUCACUGCAGCAAUCAUUAGCAGAAUUCAGUGUCGGAUUGUAGCACUGGAUCUGAGGAGUCAUGGUGAGACAAAAGUAAAGAAUUCUGAAGAUCUGUCUGCAGAAACGAUGGCAAAGGAUGUAGGGAAUGUUGUUGAAGCUAUGUAUGGAGAUCUUCCUCCUCCUAUCAUGCUGAUUGGCCACAGCAUGGGAGGUGCCAUUGCAGUUCAUACAGCAUCAUCCAAUUUGGUGCCAAGUUUACUGGGUCUCUGCAUGAUUGAUGUUGUUGAAGGUACAGCAAUGGAUGCUCUAAACAGCAUGCAGAAUUUCUUACGAGGUCGCCCUAAGACCUUCAAUUCCUUGGAGAAUGCCAUAGAAUGGAGUGUAAAAAGUGGCCAGAUACGGAAUCUGGAAUCUGCACGAGUUUCAAUGGUUGGCCAAGUCAAACAAUGUGAAGGGACUCUCAGUCCUGAAGUCUCUAAAACGAUGGUGGAAGGAAUCAUAGAGGAAGAAGAGGAAGAUGAAGAAGGAAGUGAAUCUGUUAAUAAAAGGAAGAAAGAGGAUGAUAUUGAGACCAAGAAGGACCAUCCAUAUACAUGGAGAAUUGAACUGGCAAAAACAGAAAAGUACUGGGAUGGUUGGUUCAGAGGCUUAUCCAAUCUCUUUCUUAGCUGCCCUAUUCCUAAACUACUGCUUCUGGCAGGCGUUGACAGACUGGAUAAAGAUCUCACAAUUGGCCAGAUGCAAGGAAAGUUUCAGAUGCAGGUACUUCCUCAGUGUGGCCAUGCAGUUCAUGAAGAUGCUCCUGACAAGGUAGCUGAAGCUGUUGCAACUUUCUUGAUUCGUCACAGGUUUACAGAGCCCAUUGGUGGAUUUCAGUGCGUCUUCCCUGGCUGUUAGUGUCCCGAUGUCCUUCAGCACCAAGAUCCAUUGUAAAUACACAUGCCAGAGGCCACUGUGAUGUAGCUGUAUCUUCCUCCCCUUGUCCCCAGCCCAGCCAUGAAACAUCAGCUCAUUGAUAGAAACUAGUGUCCCCAACACAUGUAAAACCUUUAUACACGUGUUCUUGACAAAACAUUUCGUUCAGACCCCUGUGUGCAUCCAUCUCCCUGAUUCCAAACUUCCAGGCCCCAGAGCUUUCUUGUCUCCUUCCCAUCCCACCCUGCUUCCCCCUCCCCAAAGGGAUCAUAUUCCCCAAACCAAAAUGACCAGUUGUAGGGUGGAGUUGCCAUGGUUUUUAGCACUUUGGCUGAAGGCCCUAAGUGAGCUCCUGCUUUCAGUCUUGGGGAGACAAACUGGGCCCUGCCAGUCUCCUCUUGAGGAGGCAGAGGGUGGCCUAGCUCAAUGCUGGGAGCUCUCUUCGCCACUCUUUGGGGUGGGAAUGGGAAGGAUAAGGGCAGUUAAGGGAAUUUUUUCUUUGGCCUGGCCCUAGACAUCCAAAGUAAAAAUAAAAUUACUUCAUAGCCAUGUUUAGGGGUGGGAGCUUUUCCUUCAGAUGAAAUGACCAAUCAGGUUACUAUUUUCUUCACGGUGUUGAUCCUGUUCAGCACAUUCUGUCUCUGCCCAGGGAUGACAGUGACACCGCCUUAGGCACAUGUGAUCAGGGAGGGAGGGUGCUGCAAUGUACCAGAGCCUGCCAGGGAGACCAGUUAGGGCCCAAUCCAAGCACAUUAAGCCCUGCCUUCUACUUAACCCGUACAUGGGUACAGUACUAUCCUAUCUCAGAUAGGAACUCAGACCAGACCAGGACUAUACUGUCGUCUCAAGAAACUGCCCACACCAUAUACUGAGCUCUGGCUAUGUCUUCUAUUACCCCCUCCAUGAAGCGGGGUAAUCACCCACCAGCUCCCCUUGGCUGGGCUUUCCUCCCUCCCCAGUGCCACCCUAUCUGCUGCUGACUGGCCUUUGCUUGAAUGAGUGCAUCCUAUCCGGGGAGUUGCCAAGUUUCAUCCCAUUUGUUAUUAACCAUAAAGCUGUGUUGUGGUGCAAAGUGUUUGCCUUUCCCAAAUCCACCUCUUCACAGCCUGAGUAGUUUCCAUGGGUUUCCUUUCCUAGAAGCAGCACAGCCAACUCCUCCUCACUCCCUCCACCACAAGGGGAGAUGUCAUGUUUCAUCCCCAAAAAGCUGUGCCUGUCCUGUGUCUUAGGUGCUGCUCCAGCCCUUCCCUGCUUCUCACCUCCAGCCAUUCUGCCCUGCUACAGUCAGGCAUCUGGGACCCUCUUUGUUCCUUUGGUAUUUAUGAUCUUGUUUAAAGAAAAUAAAUAUUCCCAGCCUGCGUGGCAUGAA